AUGGUCGACAUUGUGCUGGAGCAAGAGAGCGCAGGUAGCCCUGAUCUCUGGCCUGUCCGAAACGCGAAUAAUGCCCAAAACUCCUCUCCGUCGACUGCUUCGUUCACUCCCCAUUCGGUUGCCACCCGCCGCCCCGUCGAGCAGAAGCGCCGGUCUCCAGGCCGACAUGCCAGCCCGGCCGGAUUGCAGGCGAUGGAUAGGACUAUGGGCCAAGCAAUCUACCGAAAUCACCGUCAAGCCGACAUUCGCCGGUGA